AUGUCGGCGCCCGUCAUCCAGCCGCGGCCAGUCGGCCCCCGGUCCUACAACAUCCUGGUCGAUCCCGUCCACACCAAACCCGUCCUGGUCGAAGAGCACAUCGAAGAUCAAACCCACAUCUUCCUCUCCCGCCCCUACUUGGGCGCCCUCCUCUUCGAGAACCAAUCCUCAGAUGCCCGCGACCACUGCGCCAAUGAGCGCACCUUCCUCUCCUGGCUCCGUCUGUCCAUGUACCUCGCCGUCGUCUCGCUCGCCAUCAUCAUUUCUUUCCAUUUCACCAACGAGCCGACCCCCCUGGAGCGCCAUAUGGCCCUGCCGCUCGGGAUUGUUUUCUGGCUUCUAAGCUUGACGUGUUUGGCGAAUGGCUUUGCAAACUAUACGCGCACCGUCAUGAAGUAUAGUCGCAAGGCCGCCCUGGUGCAGAGUGGUUGGAAGACACAGGUGGUCUUUACGGUGGUUGGGACGGCCAUUUUGGGGAGCUGUAUCUUGUUUCUGUCGACGGAUCCUCAGGCGUAA